AUGUCCGCGAUCUUCUCCGGAGCACCUCCGCAAGGCGGCCCUGGCUACUCGUUCAAGCAAACCCCCACAGCUGCACCAUCAGGCGAGCGACAACACGGCUUCUACCCCUACACCGACAACGGUGGUUCAACACUGGGCAUCUCGGGUGCUGACUUCGCCAUCCUCGCCGGCGACACACGUUCCACCUCCGGCUACAACAUCAACACACGAUAUGCACCAAAGCUCUUCAAGAUCGGCGGCGAGGGACCAGAGAACAAGGGCGCUAGGAUAGUUCUGUCAGUAGUCGGCUUCGCAGCAGACGGCGAUGCGUUGAAGGAGCGUCUCGACACCAUUGUCAAGAUGUACAAGUACCAGCACGGCAAGCCCAUGUCUGUCGCCGCAUGCGCACAACGACUCAGCCACAUCCUCUACAACAAGCGAUUCUUCCCAUACUACGUCCACGCCAUCCUGGGUGGUCUCGACGAGAACGGCACCGGUGCGCUAUACUCCUACGACCCGGUCGGCAGCUACGAGCGAGAGCAGUGCAGGGCGGCUGGUGCAGCGGCAUCGCUCAUCAUGCCCUUUUUGGACAACCAAGUCAACUUCAAGAACAUGUACGAGCCGGGUAGCGGAACUGGACACGACCUGAAGCAGAAGAAGAUCGAGCCGCUGUCGCAGGACCACGUCGAGGACUUGGUGCGGGAUGCGUUCACGAGCGCAGUCGAGAGGCAUAUCGAGGUUGGUGACGGUCUGCAGAUGAUGAUCAUCACGAAGGAGGGCAUAGCGGAGACAUUCACGCCGCUGAAGAAGGAUUAA